AUGCUUAUUCCAAAGAAGAAAUAUUUUUCAUUGCAGAAGAACCUGACAAAGCAGCUUCGCUUCUAAUUUACAAAUUACAAAGACCCUUAAAACCAACAAUGUAUGCGAGGAGUAAUACCGGCAGCUCACAUGGAGAUUUCCCUGACAGAAAUGGAGUGAAUUAUGUGUCAUCGACAGAGUCUUUCGGCCAUUGCUCUCAAUUGUUCUGGAAAAAGGAUCCACACGACUCGAGUUCGACCAUCAACUGGUGUGAUCAGCUCCCUUCGUCGUCAACUGCGCUCUCAAGCUCAAGUCUCUCUUCAGCCUCCCUCUCGGGUUCCAGUCUGUCCUUAGAAUCGAGAGCACCAGUACCAGCAACAUCUGCAUCAGAUGACAUGGAUUCAGAUGAGAGGCCAUAUGUCUGUGACUUGUGCAGCUGUGCCUAUAAGCAUGCCAGCUCCUUGCUCAAUCACAAGCUCACUCAUAAGACUGGAGACUUCAGAUGUGACUUUUGCAGCAAGCCUUACACGAACUACAUGUCUCUGCGUAACCACAUGCGAAUCCAUGGUCAGAAACGCUACAUGUGCGAUCGCUGUGGAAAAGCCUUUCGUUUGGCGCGGUAUCUUCGCAAUCACCAGAGGAUCCAUGAUGAUGGGCCAAACCGUUUUGACUGUCCCUCCUGUUCCAAGAGUUACAGGACAAUGCUGGAGCUGGCUCAACACCGCUGUAGUGCUGCAACAUCUAGCCAGUCUAGCAAUCGUCGUGCAAAUUUCUCUGCCACUCCUCGGCGUCAGCAGCGGCAACAUCAGCAGAACAAUGGCGCUCCCAUAAUGCAAUCGCAGCACGUAGGACUGAAUCAACAGGAACCUCUACCCUCCCACUGCGUUUCUCCUAUAUCCCAGGGAGGUGGCGUGGGCAACCAGUCUGUCCCUGACCCCCACCAGGGCCGGUCUAGCACUGUGUCGUCCCAGAGCAGCCAGCCAAAUAUGAGGAGCUCAACCUCCUCUAAACACAUCUCCUCUUCCAGCACUACAGCAACAUCCUCCUACUCUCUUCUCCAGCCACUGGUGCCUGAGGUAAAGGAGAUGAACUUGGGAUACACUAGGCUGAGCGCCAAUCUCAUGCCGAAGCACCAGGACACUUUCUCGCUGACCCAGCAGCGGCCCCUCACUUCCAUCAACCCCAUUGGCCACUCCCUCCAUCCAAACGGAACAACAACAACACUCAAGCCUUCGCCCGUGCCACGUACCAUCCAGUCUAUGCCCUGGGAGCAGCGCUCACUCUACAAUCAAUAAAAUUUUGGGAACUAGCGUCACACCUCAUUGCUCAUUCGAAACAACCCUCACUCUCCUUCUACGUUCCGACUCCAGGAUUGAAGAUUAAGGACGUCAUACAGCCGUUUGGAUGCCAGAAUGAGCUCCUUUUGGAACAUGCGUUUAGGUAUGGAAAAACUGAAACCCUUCAUUCUGAACUAGUUGAGAUAAUCACCGAGUAGUUAGGAUUCCCCUUCUAAUUCCCCCGUCAUCUACUGGCCAUACAUCAAUAUGUCUGUCAUUUAAUUCAAACUGAACCUCGUCUCCUUAUUUCCCCAUGGAUGCUUGCUUACCCCAGUUGUAUUACUAAAUGAGUUUUCAUGGAAAUAUUCCUUUUCAAGUCCAAUCUAAUUUCAAUACCAAGCAGGUUAACAAGUAGUUUGCCAUUUGACUUCCCGCAAUUGGAAAAAAUGUGACUAAAUCCUCUUUUCACUCCACAUAACCUGAUGCCACAAUGUAUAUUCUGCAUAUCAAGACUCCUUAAUGAAGUACAUAUUCCCUUUACCCUUCCCCAUGGAUAAAUAAUGAGAAAGAACUACUGGUUCAAAUAUACCUUCCAGGCCAAUAGUUAAUCAAAUGGUAAAUUUAUUUCAAGAUGCCCACAUUAUAAUAACGUGUAUGGUUCGUACCUGUAACCCAAAAGAGGGGUUUUACCUUUAAUUUAAUAGCACUGUAAGACAACUUUAUACUUGUUUCACUUCUAUAUUAAAUUUUGUACUUUUCCAGCCCCUCAACAAAACUAGUAUGUUGUUGUGACUGUGCACUUCAGCUGGUUUGUGUCCACUUUACAAUUGCAUUUGGAAAUAAAUACUUUGUCUGUAGCUCAGGACCCACACACUGCCCCAAAAAAGUUAUUACUUUUAGAAAAAGUUUCAUUUAGCAGCUACAGUGGUAUGACAAAGAAUGCGAACCUUUUGGAAUUUCUCACAUUUCUGCAUAAAAUCACCUUCAAAUAUGAUCUUAUCUUUGUCAAAAUCACACAGAUGAAAAUAAAGUGUCUGCUUUAACUAAAACCACCCAAAAAUUUAUAGGUUUUCAUAUUUCAAUGAGGAUCGCAUGCAAACAAUGACAGAAGGGGGAAAAAUAAGUAAGUGAAUCCUCUGCCUAAGGAGACUUGAAGAGCAAUUGAAACCAAUUUUUACCAAACAUAACUUCGGGUGUGUGCCCAAUCACUAAUGAGUGGUUUAAAGCUGCCCUGCCCACCAUAAAACACACAUCUGGUAAGAAUUUUCUUGAUGAGAAGCAUUGUCUGAUGUGCAUCAUGGCUCAAUCAAAAGAGCUGUCUGAGGACCUGCGAUCAAGGAUUGUUGAUUUACAUAAAGCUGGGAAAGGAUACAAAAUCAUCUCUAAAAGUCUGGAUGUUCAUCAAUCCACAGUCAGAGAAGUUGUCUACAAAUCGAGAGAGUUUUGUCACUGAUGAUUCUCUCCCAAGGACUGGCCAUCCACUAAAUAUGACGCCAAGAGUUCAGCGCAGAAUGCUCAGAGGUAAAAAAGAACCCUAGAGUGUCUGCUGAAGACUUACAGAAAUCACUGGCACAAUCCAAUAUCUCUGUGCACACAUCAACAUAUGUAAAACUAUGGCCAAGAAUGGUGUUCAUGGGAAGACUCCACAGAGGAAGCCACUGUUGUCCAAAAAAAAAAAAAACAUUGUUGCUCAUUUAAUGUUCGCAAAAAAGGCACUUGGACACUCCACAGAAGUUUUUGCAAAAUAUUUUGUGGACUGAUGAAACCAAAGUAGAAUUGUUUGGGAGUCACACACAAUGUCGUGUCUGCAGAAAAAAUGGAACAGCUCACCAACAUCAACACGUCAUCCCCAUCGUGAAGCUUGGUGGAGGGAGCAUCAUGAUUUGGGGCUGUUUUGCUGACUCAGGGCCUGGACAACAUACAUUCAUUAAUGGAAGAAUGAAUUCAAAAGUUUAUCCGGAUUUUUUUGCAGGAAAACCUGAGGCCAUCUCUUAGACAGUUGUUGCAGAAUCCAUUCUCUUUUUAGCUUCAAGACAAUGAACACAGAAGUAACUCAACUUCAGAAUGUUUUCAGAAGAACAAAAUACACGUUCUGGAGUGGCCAAGUCAAAGUCCAGAUUUGAGAUGCUUUGGCAUGACCUAAAGACAGAUAUUUAUGCCAGACAUCCCAAGAAUCUGACUGAACUACAACAGUUUUGUAGAGAAGAAUGGGCCAAGAUUAGCCCUGAUCGAUGUGCCAGACUGAUCUGCAGCUACAGGAAGCGUGUGGUUGAAGUUAUUGCUGCCAAAGGGGGGCACAAAAUAUUAAAUGUGAUGGUUCACUUACUUAUUCCC